UUAAUGUAGUUUAUGAGAUUCUGGGCAACCGUUUUAAGAUCCGGGGCAAGCUCUAACUUUACGAAGUCGUCUUCCGGACCUAAGCUUUCUUUUUCUUUCAUUUUAUUAGCUAACUUGUUGACACUUCACUUUGACAUCUUAACCUAGCUAUACAAUAAGUUCAUUAACAUACUUAACAUUAACAUUACUUAACAUUAACAUACUCAACAUAACAUUACUCAUUAACAUGAAGUGAACCCUGCGACGACUCCGUUGCUUUGUUCUGCAAAGUCUUCUUGUCAGUAUGUUAGGGUAUAUUAGACAGUUGCGGUAGAAGGUCACCCACCAAAAACUAACUAACUUCUGUAUACCCUUUUUAACAUUAUUGCGCUCUCAUGUUACGCUAUAUUCCCGCAUAUUUUGGCUUUUUAUAGACUCUGUUUGCAACCUUGAAUGGAAUGCAAUCGUUGGCCUAGCAAAUGCGAAAAUUGCAUGUGGCAGGACAUUUGGCCGGCUUCUACAAUCGCAUCCUGUGCUGCAGUAAGAGCUAUGACAAAGCGACUUCAACCCAAAUACGGCUGGGCGCAGCUUUACAAUGCGUGGACAGGGGAGUGGAAGGGGGAGGGCAGGGGCGGGCAACGGGAUUGUCGGCACUUAACCUACUUUGCGCAGCUAUUUAGAUGCUUACUUUUCACUUUGACAUGGCCGAAAAGUCGAGCAGCUAUGAUCUCAUGUCUGUGGCCCGCCCCCAAACUGCGUGUGACCUAAAUUUGGUGUCUUGUUGCUGUUGUUGUUUUAGGGGUGCCAGCUAAACAAUUACAUUCUAUUGAUUUUUACUUUGGCGACUUCAUUUUAGCUGCAACUUCCGGAACUGCCAAAUAAAAGACUGAAAUAUAUAAGUGGGACGCCUGCAGGAGCAGCUGCCCCAGCAAAUAACCAAGGACCAAGGAUAUGUUUUAGACGCAAGUCGCGAUAGACUCGUGGCAAGCCGCAACGCAAUGUUUCUGCCCGUCAAAUCGAAUCACUCCGCCGAGGCGAGUGGCAACAAUGAGGAUGUCACCACGACCAGCAACAAUUCAACACAGACGCCCAGCGAUCUGAGUCCGCCGGGUCCCAAUGAGGAGGUGCUGCCGCAGGCGCAUCAUCAGAACCCAGGACACUGCAUCGCCUCCUUUGCGGCCAUCAACCAGAUGCGCAACAAUGCACAGCUCUGCGAUGUGCGCCUGGAGGUGGGCGGCGACACCAUCAAUGCGCACCGCGUGGUGCUGGCCUCCGUAUCGCCUUAUUUCUAUGCCAUGUUUAAUGAUGACAUGCUGGAGCGCAACCAGGGCCUGGUGCGUCUGCACGAUGUGGACAGCGCCGCGCUGCGCCAGCUGAUAGACUACACGUACACGGGCGAGAUUACCAUAACGGAGCAGAAUGUGCAGGUGCUGCUGCCGGCAUCGGGUCUGCUGCAGAUGCACUCGGUGCGGGAUGCGUGCUGCAAGUUUCUGCUGCGGCAGCUGCAUCCGUCCAACUGCCUGGGCAUACGCAGCUUUGCGGAUGCCCACUCCUGCAAGGAGCUGCACACGCGCUCGCACAAGUACGCGCUGCAGAACUUCCAGCAGGUGGUGGGCACUGAGGAGUUUCUGCUGCUGCCGUUCGAGGAGGUCAAGGAGCUGAUAUCGAACAGCCAGCUGAACAUCAGCUCCGAGGAGAAGGUGUUUCUGGGCGUGCUCAGCUGGGUGAAGCACGAUCUCAGCCAGCGUCGCCUGCACAUUGCCGAGCUCAUGUCGCACGUCCGCCUGCCGCUGGUUAGCCGCGAUUUCCUUAUGAGCUGCGUCGAGGCGGAGACCCUCAUGCGCGACGACUCCGAGUGCAAGGAACUGCUGCUGGAGGCCAUGAAGUAUCAUCUAUUGCCGGAACAGCGCAGCCUGAUGGGCAGCCAGCGCACCCAGGAGCGCCGGCCGGAGGGCAUGAAGCCCUACAUCUUUGCCGUUGGCGGCGGCAGCCUCUUUGCCAUACACAACGAGUGCGAGGUCUAUAAUCCGCGCUGCAACAGCUGGUCUCCCGUCGCGCCCAUGCUGUGGCGUCGCUCCCGCUCUGGUGUCACCUCUCUGCACAAGCAGCUGUACGUGGUGGGCGGCUAUGACGGCGUCAGCGAUUUGGCCACCGCGGAGUGCUACAAUCCGCUGACCAACAAAUGGACCAACAUCACGCCCAUGGGCACCAAGCGCAGCUGCCUGGGCAUAUGCGCCUACGACGGGCUGAUCUUUGUGUGCGGCGGCUAUGAUGGCGCCUCGUGUCUGAGCAGCAUGGAACGCUAUGAUCCACUGACGGGCAUCUGGAGCUCCUGCCCGGCCAUGAGCACGCGCCGACGCUAUUGUCGUCUCGCCGUGCUGGAGAAUCAAAUCUAUAGCCUGGGCGGCUUCGAUUCGACCAACUAUCAGUCGAGCGUGGAGCGUUUUGAUCCGCGCGUGGGCCGCUGGCAGCCGGUGCCCAGCAUGACAGCGCGACGCAGCAGCUGCGGUGUCGCCUCCACCGAUGGCAAUCUCUACUGCAUUGGCGGCAACGAUGGCACCAUGUGCAUGUCCAGCGGCGAGCGCUUCAACUUGCGCCGCAACUGCUGGGAGCCCAUUGCGGCUAUGCAUUCGCGCAGAUCCACGCAUGAGGUGGUCGAGGUGGAGGGUGUGCUGUUCGCCUUGGGCGGCAACGAUGGCAGCUCCUCGCUCAAUUCCGUGGAACGCUACGAUCCGCGCCUGAACAAAUGGAGUGUGGUCAAUGCAAUGGUCGCGCGUCGCAGCAGUGUGGGCGCUGCGGUGCUGGAGUGCUUCCAUUUGGAGCGCGGACUGGUGCAGACGACGAACUUAUGACCCCCGCUGAGCAGCAUCAGCGAAUCUUUUGCCGCUGCCGCAGCGAACAACGCCAGCAAUAACACCAACACCAACAGCAGCAGCAGCAGCAAUGGGAACGGGAACAGCGGCACCUUGAACGUGCCCAGUCGCGCCGAGGCGGCUGCCUUUACAGCCAACAUUGCUUUGAGCUCCUCGGCGCCAUCGGCCAGCUCCACGCUGCGUCGCCAUCGACGCGAUACGCCCGCCCUGGCGGAGAGUCGGCGCGCCAAUAGCAAUGCCAGCAGCAGCAGCGACAGUGCCAGCAGCAGCGGCAAGACACCAUCGACUGCCUGAUCCUGGUCCAUGUCGAGUGGGCGACACUCUUAAGCAACAAAAAACAAAACAAAAUACACUAAUCUACAAAGCUAACCCCAACGCGCCUACUGCAGGAAUUAUGAUUGAUUGUUCGAGUUCGUUAUUAUGGAUAGAUCCAAUAUGAUAUGGUAGAUAUAUAUAUAUACAUAUACAUAUACAAUACGGGAAAGUUAAUGGCAGCACCUUAGCUAAAGGGGCACCUUUUUGCUCAAAAAGUUGAUCAAAACACACGCAAGUUGCAUUUAAAGUGAAAGUGAAUCCCACUUUGAGUACACAAAAUUCGAUUGUUAUGCUGACGUAGGCGGAGGAGCCAAGGAAUAGAUUCCAUAAGAUCAGACCUCAAUUUUGAAGACAAAUCGAUAUAUCCGACUUACGCAUAAGCAUAACAAUAAACACACACACACACACACACACAUUUUUCUAGUCAAGAUCUCGCACGAACUUUAAAGAACUCCCAAAUGUAACAGCUACAACAAGGAACCUAAUCUGCCUACAAUUUUUACAUGUGAAUCGUCUAUACAUACAUAUUAGAAAUUAUACUAUAUACACGACA